AUAUAAGGCACCAGAUAAAGACCUGGAGUCACUGUCCUCACCCAACUCAUAUUACUACAAUACCAGCAACUGUUCCAGACGAUGCAGGUGUUCGUGGUGUUCCUGGUUGCCGUGGUGACCGCUGUGGCUGCAGCCUCCUUGUUCUCGAAGGACCCCGCGCUCGAGGACCCCUGGCAGGAGUGGAAGGGGCUGCACGGGAAGCAGUAUUCAGAGGAGGAGACCGAGAGCUACAGGAGGAUGGUUUGGGAAGACAACUGGCGUUUCAUCGAGCAGCACAACCAGGAGCACGCUGCAGGGAAACACUCCUACAAGCUGGGGAUGAACCACUUCGGAGAUCUGACCAACCAGGAGUUCAAUAAGAUGAAUGGUUUCCGCCCGGAUCCUGCCCUGAGGAAGCUGCCUGUGUUUAACUCGACCGGCAGCCCUGUGCCUCCAAAAUCGAUUGACUGGCGAGUCAAAGGUUACGUCACCCGUGUGAAGAACCAGGGGGCAUGUGCCUCCUGCUGGGCCUUUUCUGCUACGGGAGCCCUUGAGGGACAACAUUUCAAGAAGACACGCCAGCUGGUGUCACUGAGUGAACAGAACCUGGUGGACUGCACCAAUAACGAAGAGUAUGGGAACAGUGGUUGUAAUAACGGAUUCAUGAACACAUCCUUUGAAUAUGUGAAGAAAAACGGGAUUGCCUCUGAGGAAAGCUACCCCUACCGUGCCAAGGACGGGCCAUGCACAACCAAUGCUCGUAAAGUAGCCAACUGUUCUGGCUAUACUGCAGUGAAGAAGAGCGAACGAGCUCUGCAGGAUGCUGUGGCCAGCAUUGGACCUGUCUCUGUGGCUAUCGAUGCUUCUCACUGUUCUUUCCAGUUCUACAAGUCAGGCAUUUACUAUGAGACCAAAAGGAUAUGGAAUGCUAACCACGCAGUCCUGGUUGUGGGUUAUGGAGAUUCUGCUGGGAAAAAAUUCUGGAUUUUGAAAAACAGCUACGGAGAGUGCUGGGGUGAAGGUGGAUAUUUGCGGCUGGCAAAGGAUGAGCAAAACCAAUGUGGGAUAGCCGACCAUGGUGUGUAUCCUGUCGUCUGAUACCAGACUGUGAAGCAAAGAAGGACAAAUAAAGGGUAUGAAUGUGCAUGCUGCAUAAGAACAAAGUACUGGAUAAACCCAUUCUUCUGUAGUGCAAGUACUUGAUCAAUGAAUUUGAUGUUCUGGAAAUUAAGUACCAUUUAAGCCACUUAUGUAGAAGAUCAGAUAACGUGAGAUAAUGUACUUGCACCAAUCAGCUUCAGUUGUGAAUGCACUAGCUUUCUAAGCAGUGCCCACUGUCGCAUUCACUGUACCCUUCUUGUCACUCUUUUGCUUGUUAUAUUGCCAUGUGCUCUGGAAUGCAUUGGAUUGCAUGGUAAAGUGUGCUCUCUCUCUGUCUGCUGAAAACCUAAAAAGCAAUUCGCUUCAAAUGACAUUUUACAUGUUUUUAAACGUCCCCUUAUGUUUCUGUGAUGAUUGCAACUAUGCUGAGUGUUUCUUAGAGCAAUUACUCAAAUACAGAAUAAAAAAAUUAAAAAAGUUUAAGGAGCUACUCUCAGUUCUAGGUGCUUGCUAUAGACAUCAUGUUAGCUGGAUCAGCCAGUGUCUUUAAAUUAGUACGCGACAGCACCAUCUAGUGCACAGCUAGUGUAUUGCCAUCAUUACAAAAGAAUCCAGGUGACUUGCUGUUACUCCUAUAAAGACCGGCUGAUCUAGCCUGUGUUACACAUCAGGAAACCAGAACUGAAAGGCAGCUCCUGAACUCAGGUGAAAGCAAAUAAAUAAAACACAGUAUCUGAGUAAUUGCAACACGUGUCCCUGAGAAUGAUUGUAAAUAUCUUAAAAACGUAAGGGGGCAGUAAAUGCUCACCAAUGGAUAGAUUUCUUUGCACCCCACACCUGCUCAGUCUAGAGGGUAGGAUCACAUCCAAACGCUGCAAAGAAUCUGUGUUGGCUACGUGUCAAACAGGAGCCAACAUGAACUACUGUGUUUUCCCCUUUCAGACGGGUAAUUCCCAAAUACAAUCUUGCGUAUCAGUAUUGUAGUAUUAGACACCAAAGUCAGAGCAGUGCAGCUUGUUCCAGCCUCUUACCACUUACACUCUCCCAUUGAAAUAGUAUAGCUAGUCAACCUCCUGCAAAUUGAGCCUAAAUAUCUUCAUAUAAACAAGACGAGUGUGAUUUGGGGUUUGUGGAACAGGCUGAAACGUAUUGAUCAUGCCCUGUUCUUCUGUAACUCUUGUCUUAUAGAGCAUUGUGAAACCUUUCUGUUUACCACACAGGCUUGGUUUACUCACUGCGUUUCAAUUAAUCAAACUCUUACAUUGUAAAGCGGGAGGAUAAAUCCUCUAAUUCUGAGUGCAGUGUUAAUGUGCAGGAAAUUCAAUGUUAAUUAUGAUGCGCUUUCUGUAUUUCUUUCAAUAAAGCUAUCAGCAUUC